UGACGGACUUGUCCUGGUCCUUCCAGGUUUUUCUAUCAGUUCCUACUGGGCAAUGAGCGCGCUACAGCCAAGGAGAUCAGGGAUGAGUAUGUAGAGACGCUGAGUAAGAUCUACCUGUCCUACUUCCGCUCUUACCUGGGGCGCCUCAUGAAAGUCCAGUACGAGGAAGUUGCUGAGAAAGACGAUCUAAUGGGUGUAGAAGACACAGCAAAGAAAGAUAUCCUGGAGAGGGGAGCUUCACACGCCAGGCUCAUGCCGUCCCUCCGAAGCAGGAACACCAUCUUUACCCUGGGCACCCGAGGUGCUGUCAUCUCACCGCCCGAGCUCGAGGCCCCCAUCCUGGUGUCCCAUCCUGCCCAGCGUGGAGAGCAGAGGUAUCCGUUCGAAGCGCUCUUCCGCAGCCAGCACUACGCCCUCCUCGACAAUUCUUGCCGUGAAUAUCUUUUCAUCUGUGAAUUUUUCGUUGUGUCUGGCCCGGCUGCACACGACCUGUUCCACGCCGUCAUGGGCCGCACGCUCUCCAUGACGCUGAAACACCUGGAGUCCUACCUGGCCGACUGCUAUGACGCCAUUGCUGUUUUUCUCUGUAUCCACAUUGUUCUCCGGUCCCGCAACAUCGCAGCAAAGAGGGACGUCCCGCUCACUGUCACCCUGUGCUCCCCUGGGCCAGCACCCCUGCCCGCUGACCUUGAUUCUGAUUCCUGCAGGUACUGGGAGCAGGUGCUUGCCCUGCUGUGGCCUCGGUUUGAGCUGAUCCUGGAGAUGAAUGUCCUGAGUGUCCGCAGCACUGACCCCCAGCGCCUUGGGGGACUGGACACUCGGCCCCACUAUAUCACGCGCCGCUAUGCCGAGUUCUCCUCCGCACUUGUCAGCAUCAACCAGACCAUCCCCAAUGAACGCACCCUGCAGCUGCUGGGACAGCUCCAGGUGGAGGUGGAGAAUUUUGUCCUCCGCGUGGCUGCGGAGUUCUCCUCCAGGAAGGAACAGCUUGUGUUUCUGAUCAACAACUACGACAUGAUGCUGGGCGUGCUGAUGGAGCGAGCUGCUGACGACAGCAAAGAGGUGGAGAGUUUCCAGCAGCUGCUCAAUGCUCGGACACAGGAGUUCAUUGAGGAGUUGCUGUCCCCCCCCUUCGGGGGUCUGGUGGCGUUCGUGAAGGAGGCUGAAGCCUUGAUUGAGCGUGGGCAGGCUGAGCGGCUCCGAGGGGAGGAAGCCCGAGUCACUCAGCUGAUCCACGGCUUUGGCGGUUCCUGGAAGGCGUCAGUGGAGUCCCUGAGUCAGGAUGUCAUGAGGAGCUUUACCAACUUUCGCAAUGGAACCAGCAUCAUCCAGGGGGCGCUGACGCAGCUGAUCCAGCUGUACCACCGCUUCCACCGGGUGCUGUCCCAGCCCCAGCUGCGCGCGCUCCCGGCCAGGGCGGAGCUCAUCAACAUCCAUCACCUCAUGGUGGAGCUGAAGAAACACAAGCCCAACUUCUGAUCCAAACCCGCCGGGGCCCUGGGCUCCCGUGGGCUCUGCAGGUCGCACGCCAGCCCCCGGGAUCCCUUCCGGUUCCCGUUGUCUCCAAGGCUUCCACACACCCCACUCAGCCUGCAUUGCCAGGACUCUGCCUCAACAGAGUGAGCCCGAGGCCACGCCCUGGGCUUCUGUGACCUUCCUUUCCCAGUCCUGUCAGCUCCUCUGCUGCUCAUUCCCAGCCUGUGAGCUUCCAGCGCCCCAGUCUCUGACUGACCCUCAGCUCUUAGGGCAGAGCGGUGCAGCCCACCCUGUCGCUGAUCUGCGGGCUCCUCUGGGACAGUGACAUCACCUCCUGGAGGGCUCACUCUGUCUGUGGCAAUAAUGAGUACUCACUGUGCUGGG